CUCAGAUUUAGGUUACGAGGUUAUGGAUCGGUUUCCCAUUUACAUUUAAUUAUCAUUGAGACAAGAUCAUGAGGAACGAUGUUAAUUCCGACCUUGUCACGUUGGACGACAUACUCCUGUAUCUUGGAGAAUUCGGCAUCUAUCAAAAGGCUCUCUUCGUGAUGCUGAUGCCGUUUUGCUUCUUUUUGACUUUCGUCUACUUCACCCAAAUCUUCCUCACCCUGGUCCCGGUCGAGCACUGGUGCACGCUGCCCGAAGGAACCGGAAUCUCUAUAGAGCGUCUGCGGGACAUCGCAAUACCAAAAGCGGAUCAGGUGCCUUUCGAGAGUGGUGACGUUUCCUAUUCAAGAUGCUGGAUCUAUGACGUACCCAUAGAUCAGAUAGUGAAUGCCAGUCGGUCCAAUAAAGAGUGGCCGAUCAAGAAGUGUCACAGUUGGGAUUAUAAUUUUACAAGGGACAUGCCAUACUCUACCAUAGCUACGGAACAAGGCUGGGUCUGCGAUCAAGCUUAUCUGGUAAAUUUGGCUCAGAGUAUUUUUUUCAUUGGCUCAAUAUGUGGCGGAUUUUUAUUUGGCUGGCUGGCCGAUAAGAAAGGUCGCAUUCCAGUUCUCGUAUGUACGAACGUAAUGGGUCUGAUCGGUGGUCUCGCGACUACAUUCAGCACGGCGUUUUGGCAAUUUAGUCUUUGUAGAUUUAUCGUAGGCUUCGCUUAUGACAAUACCUUUGUGAUUAUGUAUAUACUCGUGCUCGAGUACAUCGGUCCUAAAUGUCGGACUUUCGUAGGGAACAUGUCAUACGGUGUAUUUUAUACUAUGGGUUGUAUGUGUUUACCUUGGAUAGCUUAUUACGUUGCCAAUUGGAAGACAUUAGCCGUGGUUACGUCAGUGCCAAUGUGCUUUGUGAUUCUGACGCCUUGGAUCGUACCGGAAAGUGUGAGAUGGCUGAUCAGCAAGGGUAAAAUUGAAAAAGCUGUGCGAAUAAUACGGAGCAUUGAGAGGAUCAAUAAAACCGACGUGCCGCAAGAUAUUUACGAAAAGUUUAUAGACGACUGCAUGGACUCUCCUGAAAGUUCAUCCGAAGAGGAUUACAAUAUAUUUGUUUUAUUUAAGACUCCCAGACUCAGGACCUUUACCGUACUUCUAAUCAUAGGAUGGAGUAUCAUAGCAAUGGUUUAUGACUGUCACAUACGUUGCUUAGAAAAUCUUGGUCAUGACGUCUUCACGUCAUUUACCAUUGGAGCAUCCACCGAAUUGCCGGCUGAGGUCCUCAUUACAAUUACUCUCGAUGUCUGUGGUCGAAGAUGGAUGCUUAUCGGCGCCAUUUUCUUAUCCGGAUUAGCCUGCUUCUGCGCAUGCGUUGCGCCUAUUGGAAUGUACUAUGCGACUUUUGCUAUAAUUGGAAGAUUUUUUUUGAAUAUUGCAUCAAACAUCGCACUUCAAUAUGCCUCCGAAUUGCUGCCUACAGUAGUGAGGGCGGAGGGUGUAGCGUUUAUUCACAAUAUGGGUUACGCGGCAUCCAUGUUGAGUCCAUUCGUGGCUUAUACCAGUAAAAUUCAAUAUAACAUACCAAUGAUGAUUAUGGGUAGUGUCUGCAUGGUCGCUGGAGUUCUUAGUAUUUUUUUGCCGGAAACUCUAAAAGAGCACCUACCUCAGACUCUGCUGGACGGUGAAUUAUUUGGAAUUAAUCAGAAAAUCACUGAUUGCCCAAUCAAGAGGAAGAAUUUUCAUACGGUUCUAAAUAGACAUUAUCUUCAUGCCAAUAGACCAGUUUCACGCGGCGAUGUUCUUCGUAGCAGUAUGGUUUCCGGUUAUACCGGAAAUGAAACCCGGCUCAAGGCUCGCAGACAGAUAAUCAGUGAUAUCGAUACUCGAGAGUCAAGAACGAGCUCGGCUGAGACUCCUGAGGAAUACGUGAGUAUACUGAGAAAACGUAAUGAGGAAAUGCAAAGUUCUCAACCGGAAGUAGCUAACAGAAGACAAAAAUUGGAAAGAGGAUGAGAACGGUAAGCCGGGUUGAAUAUGGAAAGCUCGACUAACGAAGCUGACACGACGGAAUAGGAAAUCUAGUUGAAGUCAGGAUAUU